GGGGCAUUGUGGGCAGAGGGGCGGGGGUUGGGAAGAUGGCGGCUCCCAGCCUCCUCCACUGGAGGCGGGUUUCCUCCUCCACUGGGCCGGUGCCCCGCGCCCGGCACGGACACCGCGCCGUGGCCAUCCGGGAGCUGAUGAUCAUCUUCGGGGGCGGCAACGAGGGGAUCGCCGACGAGCUGCACGUCUACAACACCGUUACAAAUCAGUGGUUCCUACCAGCCGUUAGAGGAGACAUCCCUCCAGGCUGUGCUGCCCAUGGAUUUGUCUGCGAUGGUACCAGAAUAUUGGUAUUUGGGGGAAUGGUUGAAUAUGGAAGAUACAGCAAUGAAUUAUAUGAGUUGCAGGCGAGUCGGUGGUUAUGGAAGAAGGUGAAGCCCCACCCCCCGCCUUCUGGUUUAGCUCCCUGCCCUCGACUGGGACAUAGUUUCUCUUUGUAUGGCAACAAAUGCUAUUUGUUCGGUGGUCUGGCAAAUGAAAGUGAAGAUUCAAACAAUAACGUUCCAAGAUAUUUAAAUGAUUUCUAUGAGUUGGAGCUACAGCAUGGUUCUGGUGUUGUGGGUUGGAGCAUCCCAGUCACUAAGGGGCUUGUGCCUUCUCCAAGAGAAUCCCACACUGCUGUUAUAUACUGCAGAAAAGACUCCAGAAGCCCUAGGAUGUACGUUUUUGGCGGAAUGUGCGGUGCUCGCCUGGAUGACCUAUGGCAGCUUGACCUCGAAACUAUGUCAUGGUCAAAACCAGAAACUAAGGGGAUAGUGCCACUUCCACGAAGUCUUCACACAGCCAGUGUUAUAGGAAACAAGAUGUACGUUUUUGGUGGAUGGGUUCCACACAAAGGUGAAAAUACUGAGACUUCGCCUCAUGAUUGUGAAUGGAGGUGUACCAGUUCAUUUUCUUACCUAAAUCUAGAUACAGCAGAAUGGACCACUCUAGUAUCAGAUUCUCAGGAAGAUAAAAAAAAUUCAAGACCAAGACCUAGAGCUGGACACUGCGCUGUUGCGAUUGGUACUCGGUUGUAUUUUUGGAGCGGAAGAGAUGGCUACAAAAAAGCGCUGAAUAGUCAAGUUUGCUGCAAGGAUCUCUGGUAUCUUGAUACUGAGAAACCGCCAGCACCAUCGCAAGUGCAGCUGAUCAAAGCCACCACCAGCUCUUUCCAUGUGAAGUGGGACGAAGUGCCUACGGUCGAGGGCUACCUGCUGCAGCUGAAUACGGACUUGCCGUACCAGGCUGCCUGGGCAGAUUCCUCAGCAGCACCAAACAUGCCAGGAGGGAGGGCGGAGCCUCACAGACCGAGCGGCAACAGCGUCCUUCCCAACAGUAUCAGUGAUACAGUAAACAGUGCAAAAACUGAACAUACAGCCAUGAAAGGAAUUUCAGUGAAAAACAAACCAGAAUUCAAAGCAACAGAUUUGAAUCCCAUUUUACAUUCACCUUUGGCAUCUAAUGCUUCUAAUCAUAAUAGUUGUGUGGCGGAUAUGCUAAGGAAAAAUGAAGGUCCUCACACUUCAGCAAAUGUAGGUGUGCUAAGUAGUUGCCUGGACUUAAGAACGGUAAUCCCAGAAACUUGCGCAUCCAGUAUCGUUUCCAGUGCACAAUCAUUGGUGACCCAGCAGACCAUAAAAACCGAGUCAUCCAGUACAAACGGGGCGGUUGUUAAAGAUGAGACUUCACUCCCAGCACUCAGUGCCAAAGCCGAAGUUGAUGAAACAUGUGCUCUACCUGCCACUAAGAUGAGCCGUGUGGAGAUCCACGCCACAGCCGUGCCGUUCUCUGUUUGGAGAAUCUCAAGUAUUUCAAAUGCAAAGAAAGAGACUCCUUCAAAUCCAGGGGCCACAGUGAAAGCAGGAGAACGACAGUGGUGUGACGUGGGGAUUUUUAAAAACAAUACUGCACUGGUGAGCCAGUUUUACUUGCUGCCGAAAGGGAAGCAGAGCACCUCAAAGGUGGAAAAUGCAGAUGUUCCUGACUACAGUUUACUUAAGAAACAAGAUCUUGUUCCAGGCACGGGCUAUCGAUUCAGGGUGGCUGCAAUCAAUGGUUGUGGAAUAGGCCCCUUCAGCAAAGUCAGUGAGUUUAAAACGUGCAUUCCCGGUUUUCCUGGAGCCCCUUCUGCAGUCCGAAUUUCAAAGAACGUGGAAGGCAUCCACCUUUCCUGGGAACCGCCAACCUCCCCUUCCGGAAACAUCCUGGAGUACUCAGCCUACCUGGCCAUCCGCACGGCCCAGAUACAGGACAACCCGAGUCAGCUCGUGUUCAUGCGGGUUUACUGCGGCCUCAAGACCUCGUGCAUAGUGACUGCCGGGCAGCUCGCGAACGCGCACAUCGACUUCUCGUCCAGGCCCGCCAUUGUGUUCCGCAUCUCGGCCAAGAACGAGAAGGGGUAUGGACCCGCCACGCAGGUGCGAUGGCUUCAAGGUAACAAUAAGAAGGCGCCUGUAAGUUGAAUUAUCUUACCGAAGCUGUUGUGAUGGCACUUAUUUAUUAGCAACUGGCGAUGAAGAUCCGCCGUUUGGAAAAAUACUCUCCGACUGUAUUUCCAGCAGUUAUGAAUUUGAAUUUGUAAGCUGUCCUUAAAAUGUAUUUGCUCCCUUAUAGAUCCAAAUAAAGAUAGAAAAGAACCCAAGACUGAAAAUUAGUACAUGGAUUCUUCCUCAUAUGUAUAGCUCUUUUAUAGAGAAAAACGUGAAACUGUGCUAAAGCUAGGAGGGCUUAUCACCUGGUCCUUUUGUAAAGCUCUGUAACUCCGCCUGCCUAGGGUUGCUGAGAUGGUUCGGGGCGGCUGUGCCCUUCCCUGUCUUGAGAAGGAAGUGUCCUCCGCACUGUGGCCCACGUCCUGGCCCUCGCUCUGGCUGUCUCCGUGCAUGCUGCCUCUCACAGCUCCUAUACUUGGAUAACACCUGGGAGACUGAUUCUGGUGGACAUUUCACUCCUUUCUUCAUUUACAUUUAGCACAAAGAUCAAGAACUUGACCAAGACAAAGGCAAGCUUAGAGACUCUGCUGUUGAAUUUUUAUUCUUUUUCAAGAAUAUUGGUAAGAUACAAAAAGAAUAAUGAGUAUUUUUGAUUCAUACCAAGCCAGUCUACUUGAGUCUAUUUUUGGCUAAAGCACAAAAUUUACCUGGCCCUUAAUCUCCUCCUUAACAGGUGAGGGCUAGAAGAGUUUACCUUUACUGUCUUUUUCAACCCUAGAAUUUUGUAUAUUCACCCGAAGCAGACUAUAUCCCUGAAUAUGUUCACGUCCUCAAUGACUCUAACUUCUUUUGCUGAAAUUAAAACCUUCACAAUUUAAAAAUUCAAAAUUAAAGUAUGUGUCCUCUUAUUGCAGAAAGAAAGAAGCACCUUAAUAAGACUUAAGUUUGGAAUAGUGUUUUAAACAUUUGUAAGAUUUUGUAAAUGCUCUAGAUGUUUUAUUUUUGCAUUAUUUUUACCUCAAAAUUGUAUAAACUUUUUUAUAAAAGAAUUAUAAGCAUUAGACAGCUAACUCAGGUUACUCCCAACCUUAAAAUGCAGAUAGGAGUUAUAAACACUCUGCUACAGGUAACCUGUUUUAAACUUUUAGGCACUGCCAGGUUCCACUGCCUAUUCAAAUGUGGAAUAACCAUGUAGAGAGCAAUAACUGCAGAGGAGAUUGAGACCCAGUCUCAGUCUGCAGUCACUGCUAGGGCCCAGGUCUGUCCGUUCAUACCACGUAACCGUACGCCAGGUUGGGUUGACUGGGUAGCUGUGUCACCAAACUUUUAUGUAUAAUAUCCCCAGCAAAGGUGGAAUUCAUUGUGCAGAAUUGAUAUGUAUGCAUGCUCCAGUGACUAAUUUAAAGUGUAUAGAAUAUUUUAAUAUAUAAUUUUUGUAAAGAACUGGGAUUUUUAUAUUACAGUAUUUGUAAUUGUGUCUCACUAAUUUUCUCUUGAAGAAAAUAUGCAAACUGUUAGACACAUAAGGAGUGGUUUCCAAACCCUAAAGAUAAAAUAAAUGCACUGUUGUGGUGGUGUUAGAAAACCGUUCUUCGUGGCUAUAUGAAUCUUUGGUCUUUACAUGUCUGCGUCACCAACGGUGUUCACAAGAAGUUUCUCUGGUCUCUUAGCCCCGCGCCUUCCGUCACUCUGCAUUUGCUUAAUUUAUAUGCUUGCUUUUUGCACUCGUAGGAUUUUAACUUACCUCAUUGUUAUGUUUGUAAUCAUUUGUAUAGCUGCCGUAAUGUAUCUGAUACAGGCUAAACAAAUGCUUAGCCAAAGUUAAAAUUAAAAUAAAUGGUAAGCAGUUUUGUA